GGGGUAUCAUAGAUGUAAGUGAGUGUGCAGAAUAUACACGAAUCCGUAAAAUCCUUUAGUUUUCUUUUUUACUAUCGAUAGCCUUGCCCCUGACGUCAGAUCUGUUCAAGCGUGUACCAAAUAUAUCAUCCCAAUGAACGAAAAAUGGCUGAGAAAAGUUAUAUUUUAAGCCGAAGUGUUGAUGAUGUAUGUCGUGAUAAUCUGACGUAUUAGUGAAGAGAUAUCUGAAAGGAUCGAAUGGAUAUUGUGCACCUGCAUGAUCGUAGCAUGUCCUUCAAAUUGAUUAGCAAAUUGUAUUCUAAAAGAAGAUAACACUCACUUGUAAGUCGAAAAGACAAACAUUACUAUACUCUGCCUCGUACUCAUCAAGCUGGCUGUAUGGGCUAAAAGGGCGCCACAACUGUCGAGCAAGAAUCCUUCAACCGGAUGAUUGUAAAGUGCGCCAAAGGCAUAGGGAACGUAUAACCUAUGAUGUACCGAAUGAAUGUGCCUAUAUAAGAAUUUAUUAAUGUGAAAUAGUCUGUGUAAGAAGUAUUGGUGUGUAUCCAUGACGAAACAAGCCCAGACGAAUUGAAUAGCAGGGAUGAUCCACCAGUAAGUGAAAUGAGUGAUUGAUUUACCAUACUGGCUUAGUAAAUUCAUUGUUAUUGAUGGACCUAAUGCUAAUUUCAAGAAGGAUGUGAUGUAUCCACUAUAUCCAAUCAUUGCAGCGAUGUGGCCAUUAUCUGACCGGUAUUCGUCGAGGUCGUCCAUAACAACGAAACCCAAAGCUGUUUGUACAACCUGCUGAAUGAGAACUGCUUUUAUGACUUGCUUCACGGUAACUUUAUUCUUCGUCGUGAGUUCUUCUGGUGGAUGUAUACGAUAUUUAUCAAGUGAGCUGACUUGAUCUAAUGCAUGAAAGAAUAAAGAGAAAACCCAGUAAGCCAAAACUGGUAGAAUAAGAGAAGUCGCUUUAUCACUCAAUCCAGGGAUUAUUUCAUUUGAUUGGAUAUCAUACCACGGGUGGCUAACGGGUGGAAUGAUAUCGUAAUUUGGCAGUGGUUUCGGUAUAUUAAAAUAGAAACUAUCCAAAUUACUAGUCGCGUUCUUCAUCUUCAAAUUCAAGAGAUAAUCUCACUAUCUAUCGAUUUCUCUAACGGCGAAGAUUAAAAAAAUAAAAUCAAUGUUAAAUUUAUUAGGAUCUUUGCAGAAAUUAUCUAUAGGCACUAGAGGAUAUGCUACCUCUAUAGACAAGCUAUCAUCCUUCGGUGUUAUCAAUAGAAGUAAGAAACUUGGUAGAGGUAGAAGUUCAGGCAAAGGUAAAACCUCAGGUAGAGGUCAGAAUGGUCAGAAAAGUCGCGGUGAUGGUAAAAUUGCACCAUGGUUUGAAGGUGGUCAGACACCGCUAACAAAGAGAUUCCCAAAGAGAGGAUUUUAUAAUUACAAUUCAAACAACUUCGCACCUGUCCCACUUUCUAGACUAGCACACUUCAUCCAACAAGGUAGAAUCGAUCCAAGUCAGACGAUAACGAUAAGGGAUAUUGUUAGAUCAAAUCUGGUACACGGUUUGUCUAAACAAGAUGGCGUUAAGAUCCUCUCAGAUCUUAAACCUACUACACAGUUACCACCAGUUCAUAUAGAAGCUUCAAGAGCGUCAAAAAGCGCAAUCGAAGCUAUUGAAGCGGCAGGUGGUUCAAUCACGUUCAAAUACUUCAACAAGCUAGCAAUGAGGCAGCACCUCAACCCUGAAAAAUUUAGAACACCUAUUAAAGACGCUCAACCAACUAAGAAAUCAGAUAUCCUCUUCUACCAGAAAGUAGAGAAGACGAUGCAAGAUAGAGCCUCUAAGAGAAAAGCUGAUUUGGAAUAAGGAAAUAGAAAAUGUAUAUUGAAUAUCAUAACUUUAUUCUUCUUGUUGUUUUUGUCCAGGAAUUUGUCUAAGUGUAGCGAAUGACUCCCUCUUUUGUGUUCUUUGUUCUAAUGAAGGGUUUGGACCGUUACCAGCAGUGAAUGUACCACCAGCAGCUUGGAAUGCACCCAUUAAUGCACCGAAUAACAAGCAUCCACCUGCAGCAGCUGGGAUGCUCUUAGAUCUAACACCAACUAUUGAUCCUGCCGCACAUCCACCUGCAGCGCUGCUGAUUGCGUCUUGGUCUCCUCGUACGUUUGAAACGGCAGCUUCUGUGAACGCGAAUGUAGCACCGACAGCAGCGAAUAAGGAAAUAGUGGAUCCAGUUCUAGUGAAAACACCCAUUGCACCCUUGUUGUGUGUUUCUAAUGCAUUCCUCACCGUAGAAACUACGAGUCCUACACCACUUCCACCAAUAGCACCUUGACCAGCCAAUUGGAGAGCUGGAGUUGGAUGGAAUCCAGUUUCUUUCAAAGGCAUCUUGA